AUGGCUAACCCACCACACGGAGGUGUGCUCAAGGACCUCUUGGCUCGCGAUGCUCCUCGACACGCUGAGCUUGAGAAGGAGUCGGAAACUCUGCCUGCGAUCGUGUUGACGGAACGACAGUUGUGUGAUCUUGAGCUUAUUCUCAAUGGAGGCUUCUCACCACUUGAGGGUUUCAUGAAUGAGGCGGAUUACAAUGGUGUCGUUGAAGACUUGCGACUCAAGGAUGGUGCUCUCUUCUCUAUGCCCAUCUGCCUCGAUAUCUCUCCCAAGCAAGUAGAAGCACUCGGGCUGAAAGCUGGCGAUCGAGUCACCCUUCGAGACUUCAGAGACGACCUCAACCUUGCAAUCCUCACAAUCGACGACAUCUAUAAGCCUGACAAGCAGAAGGAGGCAGACAAGGUCUUUGGUGGUGACCCAGAGCACCCCGCGAUCAAAUAUCUUUUCAAACAGACACAAGAGCUAUACAUUGGUGGCAAGCUCGAGGCCGUGAACAGAUUGAACCACUACGACUACGUUGCUCUUCGAUAUACCCCGGCAGAGCUCAGAACUCAUUUCGACAAGCUCGGCUGGACCAGAGUGGUUGCCUUCCAGACUCGAAAUCCUAUGCACAGGGCACACAGAGAGCUGACUGUUCGAGCUGCAAGAGAUCGACAGGCGAACGUACUCAUUCACCCUGUGGUUGGUCUCACAAAGCCAGGCGACAUCGACCACUUUACUAGAGUAAGAGUUUACCAGGCUUUGAUGCCGCGAUACCCUAAUGGUAUGGCCGUCCUUGGUCUUCUCGGCCUUGCCAUGCGCAUGGGUGGUCCAAGAGAAGCUAUCUGGCAUGCAAUCAUCCGAAAGAACCACGGUGCCACACAUUUCAUUGUAGGACGUGACCAUGCAGGCCCCGGAAAGAACAGCAAAGGCGUUGACUUUUAUGGUCCGUACGACGCUCAGACUGCCAUCGAGAAGUACAGAGAAGAGCUUGGUAUUGAGGUAGUGGAGUUCCAGCAGAUGACAUACCUACCAGAUGCUGAUGAGUACCAACCUAAAAAUACAGUUGCUGAGGGUGUUAAGACCCUCGACAUCUCAGGCACGGAGCUCAGAAGAAGGCUUCGAGUUGGCGCCCCCAUUCCAGAAUGGUUCUCGUAUCCCGAGGUCGUAAAGGUUCUGCGAGAAUCGAAUCCUCCUCGGCACACCCAAGGCUUCACCAUCUUCCUCACAGGUCUAUGGAAUUCUGGCAAGGAUGCGGUCGGUCGAGCUCUGCAAGUGACGUUAAAUCAACAAGGUGGUCGAUCAGUGUCGUUGCUUCUAGGUGAGACUGUUCGCUCAGAGCUUUCAGCUGAGCUUGGCUUCACACGGGAAGAUCGAGACACGAAUAUUGCAAGAAUUGCAUUCGUGGCAGCUGAGCUCACCAGAGCGGGUGCGGCAGUGAUUGCAGCACCAAUUGCACCAUUUGACGCAGCCAGAAAAGAGGCUCGAACUAUCGUGGAGCGUUAUGGCAGUUUCUUCCUCGUGCAUGUCGCAACACCAUUAGAAUACUGUGAGCGAACGGACAAGCGAGGUAUCUACAAGAAGGCUAAAGAGGGCAACAUCAAGCACUUCACAGGAGUUGAUGAUCCAUAUGAGAAGCCAACUGAUGCUGAGCUCACCGUUGAUGUCGAGAAGCAGACAGUCAGAUCAAUUGUACAUCAAAUUAUUCUGAUGUUGGAAGCUGGUGGUUAUCUUGAGGCAGCUACCUAG